AUGGUUGAAAUCACCUCCCAAGAACUCGUCGUCACCGCGCCCGUCCAGGUGUGCCCCCUUAAGAAACCCAGGGCCCCCAAGCGGAAAAGAGCUCGCUCGAAGACCCCAGGUGGACGUUCAAAAAGCCCUGGACGCUCGAAGUCUGGCCGACGUCCAAGGACUCGACGUUCCUCGAGCUCUCGCAGCCAGUCUUCAAAGAGUCGCAAGUCUUCGAAGUCUCGACGACGCUCUUCAAGGUCUUCGAAGAAUCGCAAGUCUUCGAUGUCCCGCCGACCUUUGAAGAAGCGACCUCGCUCUAGCUCUUCAGACUCUUGCGUCUGCCCGACCACUGCGAGUCCAUCGCGCCGCUGGAAGGACCUCCCUAAAUUGACGAUGAAUCUGCGUGAAAGACCAGUUCCCAGUCCGGUCUGGUUUACCGAGGAAUGGCCGCGCCGAAAGAAGGCCAAGAAGAACUCGAGGGCCUCCAGCAAGACCAGGAGGUACCGUCGGAAGGUGGCCUUGCUGAAGAAGAACAAGAAAGGCAAGGGAGGCAGAAGGAAAAGGAGGCCUUCUCGGCAAAGGCCUUCUGGAACUACGAUGACCAAAUGCUGA